GACACAUCAAAGUAGGUGUGAGACAAAGUAAAGAAGGCAUGAAACUUUUCUUAGUUAUAUAUAAUUUCUUAUUCGUAUGGAAUGCCGAUAAUCCAUUGCCACCAUACUUCCAGAUUUGUGCCUUGUGAUCUCAAAUUGGGCCCGAACAUGGGAAGAGCAAUGGAGUAAUUUUUAUAAAUGGGAGGGCACGGACAGGCGAAAUUGGAAAUAUACAAUUCUGUUUAACAUAGAGAAUUUUUUUUGAAAGGAGAAUUGCUUCUACAGGGUGGAAUUGGGCGCAUGUAUUGAUUUGUUUCUUUGCUUAGAUCCAUCGCCAGUUUUCCAGCUCAAAGUUGAUCUCUAUUUGAUUGGGAAAAUGGGGAGAAUCAAGCCGCAGACGUUGCUGCAGCAGAGCAAAAAGAAAAAGGGACCCACACGUAUCAGUGUUUCGACAAUUGUAGCUUGCAAUUUAAUCAUCAUCUUCUUAAUGCUUUCUCUAGUGGCAAUCUACAGGCACCGGGCUAAACCGACAACAAAUGGAUUGUCUUCUGGAUCUAAUAAUUUAGAGGAAAUUGAAAACAUAGAAGGAAUGGAGAGGACCACCCUUCUGCAUGAGGCACGCCGCCUUCCACAGCAGGCAAUCCUAAAUACAACUAAAGGUCUAAUCACAAUGCAGCUUUAUGUUAAAAGCUCUCCAAGUACCGUUACCAGAUUUAUAGAGCGCAGUCAUCGAGGUUACUUUAAUGGGUUGUGUUUUCAUCGUGUUAUUAAACACUUUGUAAUUCAAGGGGGCGAUCCAAAAUUUGCUGGAACCAGGGAAGAUUGGACUGUUGGCGGUCAGCUUAAUACUCAGCUUGAGUUUAGUCCAAAGCAUGAAGCAUUCAUGCUGGGAACAUCAAAGUCAGAAGACCGGGGAGAUGGAUUUGAGCUUUUCAUCACAACGGCACCCAUUCCAGAUUUAAAUGAUAAACUGACUGUCUUUGGGCGUGUUAUAAAAGGCGAAGAUGUAGUUCAGGAAAUAGAAGAGGUGGACACAGAUGAACAUUUUCGGCCAAAAUCUCCAAUUAUCAUUAAUGAUAUUAGCUUCAAGGAUGAGCUGUGAGAGAUGCAUGUCAAAUUUCAUUUGGAAAUUCUUGAUCUAUAUUCGAUCUUCUUCUAGAAAUGCUGCUUAUUGCAAUCUGUACUUGUGGCACAUUUUAUUCCAUACGAAAGCAGAGCUGCGAAUAGUAGGCAAGAAUCCAUGGACUUAUGUCUCAGCCAUUGACUUUUCAAUGUAGUCAUUGGAGGCCCUAAGUGGAAGAAUUGAUUAUAUAGAGAAUUUAGAUUUUGUUCCCGAAUAUUAUUGUCAAUUAAUAGAGCUGUCGUUUGUUUAGGCUAUGAUUAUCCUGGGGCUUGAAGUUAAACUCUACUGUUUUCAACACAGAUUGAUAUGAUAAUUAGCAUGUCCCACAAUGUAGCAUUUGCAUUUUCUGCUGAUUCUUUUGACGAUAGAUUUGAUUAUCAUUGAGAGUGACUUAGCUAUGAUGUCUAAGGGGAAAUGAAGACUGAAUUACUUCCCGCACUGGGAGUAAAGGAAAAGAUCAGGGUCCAAAUUUGACAGGACUGAGUUUUGUCGACCUGUUUUGCUGGAAAUUCUUAAUUCAAAGUGAGGAUAUUAGUAUACCGUUCUCACAGUACCAGAACAUUACUAAUCUUUGUGGAAUCUUAUGGGCUAUUGUAUAAAUGGUGCAGAACAAGAAUUUAACCUUUGUUUUA